AUGGCUGAAUUUUUAUCUACUACAAGUAAAACCAAUCCCCAGAAGGGUCUAACUGAGUUAGACAUGGCUGCGGCCCAGCAACUCAUGCAACUUAGCGACGAAGAUAGCAACAACGAUGAAAAAAGAUGCAGCAAGAGGGACUCAGAUGAUGAUCAGAGUCAGAGUGAAAUAACCUCGGCUUUGAUUGAAGAGAUUUUCGGGAAAGAAGACAAAGAGGUGUAUCGUCCGAAGAAGAGAAGGUAUCGGUCUCUUGUUAGUAUUUAUACCACAACGAAACCAGUGAAUGCUAGAUUUCAGAAGAAGGUGAGGUCUUACAACAAUGGGGUUUUAGCUUAG